UGAGGUUCAUGAAAGUUUAUAGCACUUCAUAUGCAACUACUUCUCAGUAAAGUUAGCUUCCCAACAGUUUUAGCUUGCAGUGAAAUUCCUAAAUGUGAACCAUACUUAAAAGUGAAGUAUGUUCUAGAUGCCAGCUUUUACUCAGUUACUUUUAUUAACCUAAGGAGUUUACCAGAACAAAGGAUGUGUCAAGCUGAAUAGUUUACAAAGAAGAUACAUAAAUCUUUUAGACUACAAGUCAGUAAACUUUGCUUACGCAGCUGGCUCCAUUCAUUCUCUGAAGCCAAUCACUUCCCCUGUGGUGGCUGAUAAGAAUUUAACAGUUUGAGAAGGUGGAGUGUCAGCAUCCUUAGUGCUGACCRCUUUCCCAGGCAUAUCAGUAGCCUCUGUCCAUCACUCAUGCUGGAAACUACUUGGAAAAGAAGAAAUAGAAAUUGGGGAAGGGAAAUCAUGCAUCAUCAUCCUGGCUGGAAUGUACAGAAGGCUUUAUGCUGUUUUCAUCAUGUGGAUUCACUAGAGAAAUGACCCCUUUUGAUCAGCCAAGUAAAAUCAAAAACUUGUUUAUUUGCUGCCUGUGGCCCUCAUGGGUGCUGAGGCUCUGGACUUGCAGACGCCCAAGGACAAGGAGGAAUCUGCUAGUGGGCACUGCCUGUGUGAUCUAYCUGGGAUUCCUUGUCAGCCAAGUGGGUCAUGUUUUACCGCAGCACAAAGGAGGACAUCAAAAGAUCAAUUCCAGAAGUCUCCAAGAUGCAGCUCAGACUCCUYUUCUGGGCAUCCCACUGGAUGGCACCCUGUCAUCACCCAAUUUCCAGGAAUCCCAGCUUGGUAGCAAUGGGACCUUACUGCCACCCAAUGUAGUUUAUAUCACCCUGCGGUCCAAGCGCAGCAAGCCUGCCAACAUCAGAGGCACAGUGAAGCCAAAGCACAGGAAGAAAAAUGCAACCCCUUUGUCAAACGAGCAAUACUUUCCAAGAGCCACUUUUAUGGGCUGGGAAGAGGCCUUUGCCCAACAGCCAGGGAGGGCUACMCAUGCUGCAGGCACAAUGGGAGCAGCAAUAGCUCUGGAGGCAAGGAAGCGCCAACUGGAUGAACACAGACAUAAAGGAAUGGCUGUCAGGGAGGGAGGUCAUCAGAGACCUGGGAGGAUUUCUGGAGCUCCCCAGGCACAGCUCCAGCCUGAGGAAAGCAAUAUCAGGAUUUACAGUGAGAGGCCUCCCUCAUGGCUGAGCAAAGAUGACAUCCUAAACAUGCGCAUGCUGGCAGAUUCUCCGAUAGAGAGCAUUCGAGAAGUGCCUUCACACAAAGCAGUCCUGGUACAAUUUGCAAGAGGUCCCAGCUCUACGGGAMCAACUGCUUGUAAUCAAGGACACUGUGGAAUUGUCAAAAGACCUCUCGACAUGAGUGAAGUGUUUGCCUUUCAUUUGGACAGGAUCUUGGGGCUAAACAGGAGCUUACCUUCUGUAAGCAGGAGAUCAGAGUUCUUCCAAGGUGGUCAAGCYUGUCCUGUUAUUCUCUGGGAUUCCUCACUGAGUCCAACAGAUAACAGUACCCAUUCUUCAGUGAGGUUAACAUGGGGACAAUAUCAGCAGCUAUUGAAGAAGAAAUGCUGGCAGAAUGGGAAAGUUCCCAAAGCUGAGUGGGGCUGUACUGAAAUCCAUCAUCAUGAGUGGUCCAAGAUGGCACUCUUUGAUUUUCUCUUGCAGAUCUAUAAUCGACUAGACAGAAAUUGUUGUGGAUUCAAACCUCUCAAGGAGGAUUCCUGUGUGCAGCAAGGACUGAAGCUGAAAUGUAAUGAUCAGGAUGCUGUUGACCUGAUGCACAUAAUUCAGAGAAGACAUGACCCAAGGCACUUAGCCUUUAUAGACAAUAAGGGUUUCUUUGACAGAAACGAGGAUAAUCUUGACUUCAAAAUACUACAAGGAAUCAAUGAAUUCCCUGCAUCUGCAGUUUCAGUGCUGAGGAGCCAGCGUUUACGUGAGAGGUUGCUUCAGUCUUUGUUCCUCGACAAAAUAUACUGGGAGAGCCAAGGAGGCAGAAAAGGAAUUGAAAAGCUUAUUGAUGUAAUAGAAAGAAGGUCCAAAAUUCUUCUUACUUAUAUAAAUGCACAUGGAGCCAAAGUAUUGCCCAUGAAUGAAUGAAACAGUCUUGUUUCCAUCUGAAAGAAAGUCUUUAAAAAAUGUUGUAUGGAGCAAAAASUGACAGUAAAAUGGAUUUAAUUCAUGGCAUUAUUUUUUUUCCCAGACUUUCAUUUUAAAUAAGAAAUCUUACAUGAUUUAAAAGCCACAUUUAAAUGUCAGCUGCAGCUCAACACAGUGCAGUCUCUUCUAUGUCACAGUGAAAUGAAAAAUAGCCAAAUGGUACAAUAAAUAAUAUACAAUAAUAUGUAGGUACCAUGAACACUCCUACUGUUAAACUGUUUGAAAAUCAGCAACAGGAUUUUCAGUGCAUUAGGCUGGAUUGCUCUUACUUCCCUCACUGAAAUCAGUAGUUUUUAUUGCAAGUUUAAAUGGGAAAAGAGAUGUGUAAGCACUUGAUACAUUGAUGACACUUGCUGAAACACAAAUAGUGCAGAAUUUGUCUUUUUAUUAGGUAUACUAAAAUGCCAACAUUCCCAAAGGCUUGUUUUAUUUUAUUUUACUUGAUCUUUUGAAAUCUGAGAACUAAAUUCAGUUCUUUUAUAUGCAGGAGUGUUUGAACUGGACAUGRGAGCAUUUUAAAAACUGAGUGAGAAUAACAUGGCUUUAGCAAUAACCAUUAUUUUGACAAAUACAGUUUUUAUGUGUCCAAUAUGGAGUACAAUUCAUCAUGAAUCAUUACAAUGUACUGUUUUCAAUACAAGUUGUUCUGAUGUGUGAGUACGUGAUCUGAUACUUUUUGUCUAUUGAUUAAUUGGGUAUUUUUUAAAAAAUAGCUUUAUCUUUGUGUGAAUGUGCUGCUAAGUCAGUGUUUUGCUUUUGCAAAAUUCUUGACAAUAUUUUUUGAGAAUAUUAUCAGAGUCAGACCCCCUAAUGACGUUGUUAAGUCCAGCAGAGGAAAUGUUURUUCUGUGCUCAGCUCUAGCCAGCAAUUCAGGGUUGGAUUUCCAUUAAGAUUGACCACUGUGGGGUGAUGAUUCUAGUUGAUGGCUUGCCCCAAGUGUUCCCACAGGUGAGGUUGUUAGGRAAAGUUGGAUAAGCACUUCAGAUUUUUUCCCCUUGAAAUGCUCCAGAAGUAAGAGAUCAAUUGAUGUAGCCUAUCAUGACUUAUACUUUCUACCUGUCUUUUUGGAAAUACUCUUUCCAUCUUUCUAGAGAAACAUCAUCUGUUGGUGUAAGGUAAUGGUAGAAGUUGGAUCCUUUCAUAGCUACUCUUGCCUUUAUGUAUAGUAAAAAUAUAUAGGGUGUAAAAGACUUUUGAAAGUGCUUGUGCAAUGUUAUUAAUGAMAAAUCAAAAUGUCUCAUGUCACUGUUAAUAUGGAUAGUUGAAUUUAAUGUUCUAAAUAACUWCAAUUCCAUUGCAGCUAAAACCAAUUUUCUUUCUUAGUACCAGAAAACCCAUUAACAAUAAUUGCAUUACUAGAAGAAAUAGAUCUCAUUACAGGCAGAGUUAAAAAGACUUAGUAAAAUUUUUAGACCUUAGCCAGCUGAAUAUCCUUUUAUUUUAUUUUGUCAAAGCAAAGGACAGCUUAGUUUGUUAAAAYUUCCUAGAACUUAAGUAAUACCUCAAGAGUGUAUGUUUCAGAGUGCCUUGUUUUUUUUUUAACAGCAGCAAGGUAGAAUUUUACAGGAUUUUCUUUUAAUCCCUUUCUUAAAAAUGUUGUAACUUUUUAGCCAGAUAAUUUUCAUUCAGAAAUAAAAAUAUUACUUCUGCUUGCACUGUGAACAGAGUCUAGAGAAAGAAAUAAUCCUCAGGAUCCAUUUCACAUGGMAUUCCUGUUGCAGUGGAUUUCACUCUAUGAUGGCCCUCACAAUCAGUUUGUCUCAUUUUCUAGCCGAUCUCACUGAUUUUUUCCUGCUAGAUACCUGUUCAAGUGGAUUAUCCCUCACUGGGAUUAUACCUGCUGGGAGUAAAGGCAYGACUCUCAGCUGCACUGAACUCAGAAGAAGGCCCAGCAGUUAUGAAUGUAGCAGAUUAUGRCAAGGUCCCAUGAGAACUCUGUCUUGUAUCUUUAGACUGCACAUCCUGAUGCCGAGUCACUGCCUCACAUUGCCCAGUUGUACUUUUUUUCCAGAAUUGGCUCAUUGCCAAAGAAGACAAGGAAAUCUGAAGUAAUGUUUUUUUUUUUUUUUUAUCUUUUCAGGCGGGGUCAUUUAUUUUUAUGGUGAUAACUUGAUGCAUUCUUCUCCAUUUCUUCUGGACAUGGACUAGUGUUUCCUUGAGCAUAACACAUGCUUUUUUAUUUGCCUGGCAGUUUAGUGCCAGUUCUUAAGGCAGCAUGUUUUAGCAUGCCGUGUUUCUUUUGUGUACAAAUACUCUUGUAGUAUUCAGGUAAGUCAGGAGAGUAUCUGUGAGAUUGGAACAGUGAGACAGGAUUGCAGAUUGCUUCUAAUUCUCUAAUGUUAAUAACAAACYCCAGAAAGUGCCAUUUCCCUAUAAUCUUUAUCCUGCUGCUGUGGAACUUGGUAUUUAAUCCAGUAUUGUUAAGAAUGCAAAAUAUGAUUGCAAUAGCUSUUAUGAAUGCACACUAGCCAAGUUCUAGGGCUUUCAUGAAAAUGAAGAAUUCUGUAUUUUUUUGCGUGCAUUUGCAUAAAUGCUAUAGUAAAAAAUACAAAAGAAGCACUUUGCUGAGUUUAUUCUCUGCUACCAUAUUCGAGAUACCUGCUGUCCCUUCAGUAAUGGGGUAAAGUUUACUGGGAAGUUGGUUCACAUCCACUGGAAGUAGUAUGACUUUGGACCUGCAGGAACUGCACUGUAGCUUAAGUAAUAUUAAUUGAGAGGAAAAAUCCCAAAGAAGCCUGACUCACUCUAUGUAGAUUGAUAGAAUGCCAAGAAACUGUGCUUUAGUCCUUUUUGCUGGGCUGUCUUCCAUUUCUGGGCAUAUGGGAUCAGACAAAUAUUCCUGUUGCACAUUAUGUGGAAGGGUGUAACCAACAGCAACAKUGCAAACCUGUGGGUAGGAAAAGGCGAUUAUGUCAUUCUUGAAUCUGCCUGAAAGCCAGAACCACAUGAAAUGGCGUUACUGAGAAAGUCAAAAGAGUUUGCUGAUUUCAUAACAUUGGAAGACAGAGCUUAAAAUAAGUAGCACAGGCACAGAUGCCUUAAAAUUCCUUGGGAGUCUGCCAGCAAGUUAGGAGUCUUAAAUGUUUCAGAAGCUGAGGACAUGAAAACUGURGAGCACUGUGGGAGCAGUUUCCUUCUUUUCCUCUGUGACUAUUCUAUAGUAUGCUAUAUUAAAAUAAAUAAUAGAGAAAAAUUACUUCAAUGGUUUCAAACUUACAAAUACAGAUUUAGGGUACAUUAAGGGACAAGGUUCCUGUAGCAAUUCUGGGAACGCUUUCAUGCAUGUGUGUGUGUAUACAGACACAAAAUACAACUAUAUGUAAAUGUACUUUGGCUUUUUUUUCUUUAAAAUGGUCAAUUUGGCUAAUAAAGAAUGAGCUGUUUAUGUAAUUUACUGUUUACAUGUAGGAUUGUAUUUGUGAGUGUAAGUCCAAUUUUGGRUAUAUACAAGUUGAAGUUUAAAUAAAACAUUAUAGUAGAUGAAACUUUUGUUCUCAAAGGAUUAAAUCUUUUGCUAACACAUUUAUAUAAUCUUAGAAGUUUUUUACUUGCAUUUGUAGAGAAAAACAGCAAUAUAUUUGUAUCUGUGUUAAACUCCCAGAGUGAUAUCAAUUCAGAUUUUUUAUAAGUUUUAUAUUAGAAAUUGAAUUUCCAUUUUGUUUUGGAAUUUGUGAAUUUUAAAAUCCUGUUUGUCCUUUAAUUAGUCACACUAACAGUGUUUUCAUAAGUAAUGAAUAAUUUGAAUCUCUGCUGCUAUUGUCAUGUAAUGUCUCGGAAUACAUAAAAUAAAGAAAUACC